AUGUCAAAAGUUGACGACUCCAUCGAGGACGAGGUGCCUGCAGUACGAAGUGCCAGCACGUUUGACACCUCCUCAACGUCGAUCGAUACUAGCAGUAGCAGUAGCCGUAAAACUCGCCAAAAGCUCAUGAGGUUCGAGCCAUCCAGUUGCUCACUAGCAUCGGAGAUUAUCCUCUUGCGGGAGCUCAAACUCGUACCGGUGAAGCUGUACCCGUUAGCAGCUCUCUCGAGCAAUGCACGUCCGUCUCUUCUUGUCGCGCAUCGAGUGGAUCGCCAUCCACGAGGUCCUCAGCGUGACGAAGGGGUUGUAGUACUACGUCCUGAACGUGUACCAGAAAUGCCAGCAAAAGGACUACCAGCUAUUGCUGCUCGCAACCGAUCGACAAGACCGUUCGGUCGUACAAGACAUACCGGAUUCCGAGCCGGAGACUCGACGUCCGGACUACCAGAUUGA